GCAGGCUCAACGCAAACCGAACACUCCGCUUCUCCUCGCACCGUGAGCUGAAUCCGUCCCCGGGACAGACAGGGGAAGAUGGCGGCCACUGACCAAUCCCGGUCCGAAGCUGCCAAACAGCGACGACAGGAUCAGCUGCAGCGAUGGCUGGGCUGGGAAACGGACCAGACGGGACCGGAGACCCGGGGAACUGCGAGCGGUUCCGGGACGCGGCGGGCGAAAGUCCGGUUCGCCCAAGGAGCCGUGUUCAUGGCCGCCUGCUCCGCCGGAGACCGGGAGGAGGUGGCGGCGCUGCUCCGCCAGGGAGCCGACAUCAACCACGCCAACAUAGACGGGCUGACAGCGCUCCAUCAGGCCUGCAUUGAUGAAAACGCUGAGAUGGUGCAGUUUCUGGUGGAGAGCGGCAGUGACGUCAACAGAGGGGACAACGAGGGCUGGACUCCUCUGCACGCUGCGGCUUCCUGCGGCUUCAUCCAGAUCACUAAGUACCUGAUAGAGCACGGCGCUCAUGUCGGAGCGGUGAACAGUGAAGGAGAGCUUCCUCUGGACGUGGCCACAGAAGACACCAUGGAGAGACUUCUCAAAGGCGAAAUCAAGAAACAAGCAAUCGAUGUGGACAUGGCCCGGAAGGAGGAGGAGAGGGUCAUGCUGCAGGACGCCACGGCGGUGCUGGCGGGCGGAGGCACCCUCACACCUCACCCGAACACCAAAGCGACCGCUCUGCACGUCGCUGCUGCCAAAGGUUACAUCGAAGUCCUGAAGGUGCUGUUACAGUGCGGGGUGGACGUGGACAGCGGGGACAUCGACGGGUGGACGCCGCUGCACGCGGCAGCUCACUGGGGGCAGGAGGAGGUGUGCUCCCUGCUGGCCGACCACAUGUGCGACAUGACGGCCGUCAACAACGUGGGCCAAACACCUCUAGAUGUUGCGGACGAGAAACUCGCGGACGCCCUGGAGGAGCUGCAGAAGAAGCAGAAGGCGUUACGUAGCGAGAAAGAGAAACAGACUCCUGUUAUUGAGAUUGGACCGCAGAUCUCCAUGGUACCGGUUCGUACACGCAGGACUUCUAUCUCUCGUAUGAGCAGCAAAGAGAAGAUCUGCCUCCACGAGCGGGAGAAGCACCCACCUCCUGCCCUGCAGGGCAGCCCGGCCGAGGACGAGGAGGAGGAAGGGCCGACGGGACAGAGCCAGCCUCAGAGCCAGGGGAAGGCCUCCAGCAGCUCCAGCUCGGAGGAGGAGAGCGAGUCGGAGAGCGACGCGGAGUCGGAAAAAGCAAAAAACCGAGAGCUUAUUAAUAACUUGAACAACAAACGCAACACCACCAGCCUGCUCCCUACCUCCGUGCCAACGAGCACCGCAGCCGGCCCAGAGAAAAAGCAGGAGCCGGGCAAGCCCCCGGCCCCCGAGGCCCCGGGCUCCUGGAGGACCUCUCUGAGGAAGGCGGGCAGCUCGACGACUCUGGGCUCAGCCGGACUGUCCGAAUCCAGCCAGGACCCCAGCAGGCCUCCAGACACUCUGCUGGGCAUGAGCCGCUCCGCCUCCAGUCCCCGCCUGAGCUCCGAGGCCGACGCCAAGGAGCCGCGGCUCGCCCGGGUCCCGCCCAUCCCGACACGGAGACUCCUCAGCAUCCCGGACAGCAGCUCUGACAACUCCAACAGUUGGCUAAGUCGUAGCUCCUCUUACACCCGGCGCCUUCAUAGUCAAUCAGUGAAUGAUUUCACUAGUUCCACCCCCUCUUUGCUUCACAGCUCAUCUUAUGGAAAAAGACUGGACGACCCCACCGUGACCUCAGCAAGCACAGGACCCAGCUCCGCUGGACUCAGCCGCCUUAAUAGUGUCUCGUCCCAGAGACUUUCUCAGGAACAGACAGAAAAGAAGGAUCGGCCUGCUGUCACCACCACCUCCAACUCUCAGAGCUCAGGAGAACAGGAGGCCAAGCAGAGGCGCAAAUCGUAUCUGACGCCAGUGCGGGACGAGGAAGCCGAGGCACAGAGGAAGGCUCGCUCUAGACAUGCACGGCAGUCCCGCCGCUCCACUCAGGGGGUGACGCUAACGGAUCUGCAGGAGGCAGAGAAGACGAUGAAGACGGACAGCAAAGUGAGAGAAAAGAAGGAGGAGGAGGAGGAGAAGGAAAAAGAGAAGGAGGCGAAAGCGAGGAAGGGAGAGGAGGGGGAAGUCAGCUGGAGGUCUCGCAUCGCCAGUCUGCAGAAGUCCGACCUGCUGGGUCUCACGCAGCCCGCUGGCACGCCCCGCCCUCAGACCCAGGACAGGAGAGUCGUUGAGGCCAGCACAGGGGAGAGCGAGACCGAGCGAUGGGCCAGGGAACGCAGGGAGAGGAGACAAGCUCGGGCCAGAAGGAAGGCACAGAGGACCGGGGAGAGUGAUGACAAUUAUCCCAGUGGAGAGGAAGAGGUCUCAAGCAGUGGGCUGGAUCCACAGACGAACCAACACUUGAGUUCCAGGUCCUUAAACGACUGCACCCAGGGAGCAGUCUCCGACGGCAAGGAUUUUAAGAAGUUGUUCGAGGACGUCUCCAGAGAAAAUAGUCAGCUCCAGUCUCAACUGCAGGACACCCAGAGGAUUAUCAGUCAGACCAGGUUGGAUCUGGAAAAGGCCACACAGAGGCAGGAGCGCUUCACUGACUGUUCAGCCCUGCUGGACCUGGAGAGAAAGGACCGCAGGAUGUUGGAGCGUCGGAUGGCCGAGCUGGACGAAGAGCUGAAGGUUCUGGUUGAUUUGAGAGCCGACAACCAGCGUCUAAAAGAUGAAAAUGGAGCACUGAUCCGUGUCAUCAGCAAACUCUCCAAAUAGGCGGAGAGAGAGCGAGAGAGAGAGAGCGAGAGAGAGAGACACACAGACCAGGGAACCCCCUCCCCCUCCCGCCAUCCAUCCCUCCCUCUCUCCCUGCUUCCACACAUUCCUCCAAGUGCCAAAGAGUGAGAGAAAGAGGGAGGGGGGGCGAGAGAAGUGGCAGAAUGUCCUAUGUACAUGAACACCACAGCUUGACUUGGAUUGUGAUGCCUCUAUGAGAACAGCUGGAGUGGAUUUGUGUGCCAUUUGUUAAAAGAAGACCUGCAGCACGGAGGCCUGUGACCGGUCAGAGGCUCCCACAGUAGCAGCAACAGCCCGAAUGCCCACAGCUGGUGCCCCACACAAACCCAUCUACUACGACUGUGCAUCAGGGGAACACUAACGUGCACACACAUUCCUAUGCGUGCAUCACAUACUUCCUCCAUGCACAUUAAAUGAGCGCACAAGGCAGCUUUGGCCUUAAAGCUCCCACUUUGUGUUUUUUUUUUUUGUGAACACAGUCACGUCACAAAUUCACGAAUUUACCCUUAUCACAGUUUAAAUCUUAACGUGUUGUCAAGCAGUAAAGGUGUUGAUGAAAUUCAAGUUUUGUCUUUUCUUUUCCUUGUUUUUUUUAAUGGCUGUAUAAAAGAUGUCUGGCUCUGUCUUUACAUUCAGCAUCGUCCUGCCGACAGAGGGGAGCCCACUGAACUCUGUCGGCUUGUUUGGCCUCCCCAUCCGAGUGUUUGAACCCACCUACCUCUCCACCUAUGCACUUCCCCACAUACAUUUUUGUUUUUGUGACCACAGACACACUUGAUGUUCUUAAAAAAAAAAAUGACGGCAGAACCAGGUCGGUCGACCACAGCACUUUACUCCUUUGCAAAGCAAUAGAAGAUGUGCGACGCUUUGCCUGUCCGCCACACAGACAAACUUACUUCAGAGCAGCGACCUCUCACUACUCGGAGCGUUAACCAUAGCUGAAGGUCAAAGGUCAUUGCACACUUAUACCAAUUGCUGUUGUGUCAAAGCCUUAUGCUAUGGAUUGUUUCAAAUAUUACCAUUGAUAAAUAUAUUAUUUUCAUAGUUUGUCAUUGUGAAUUCCUCUCUUACAAUGGAUCAUGGUGAUGUAUAUUAUAUGUGUAUAAAUAUUAGUCUUGAAUAAUCCGCCCCUCUGAAGUAAAAUACCAUGUAGCUUUUCUUCACAUGUUGGUUUUUCUAAUAUAUUGAAUGGAUGUCUGCACCCUAAUAAAAACAAGUGUUUGUAGAGA